ACACAGCAGGGCCGUGCCAGCAGGGCAGGAGGCUCUGGAUGGGGAUGGAGGGACUCCUGUCUCCUCAGGUGCUGUGGCUGCUCCUCUGGCUGCAGCUCUGCAGGGGGGCUGCAGAGCUGAGGCUGGAGGACGGCGGCGGGCGCUGUGCUGGGAGAGUGGAGGUGAAACACCAGGGGCAGUGGGGCACCGUGUAUGAUGACUCCUGGGACAUGGAAGAUGCUGCAGUGGUCUGUAAGCAGCUGGGAUGUGGGUCUGCUGUUAGAGCUCAUCACUACGGACACUUUGGGCCAGGAUCUGGCCCCAUCUGGAUGAGUUAUGUUCGCUGUCGUGGCACCGAGUCUGCCCUGUCUGACUGUGCACACCCAGGAUGGGGUCGACACGGCUGUGUUCAUGCGUGGGAUGCUGGAGUGACGUGUUCAGGGUUUGUCCAGCUGGUUGGAGGGGACAGCCCCUGCUCAGGACGUGUGGAGAUCCGUGUCAGGAACCAGUGGAGCAGUGUCUGUGACUCAGCCUUUGGUCCCAAAGCUGCUGCCGUGGUCUGCAGGGAGCUGCAGUGUGGUGCAGCUCUGUCCCUGCCCGGGGCAGCUCCCUUCGGAGAAGCUGUGGGUGCCAUGUGGGACACAGAGCUGCAGUGUGUGGGGAACGAAUCCCAUCUCGCCUCCUGCCCCAGGGGAUCCCCCAGGGACCAGCCCUGCAGCCACAGGAACGCCGCUGGUGUCACCUGUACCCAGUACACGGGGUUCAGGCUGGUGAACGGCAGCACAGCGUGUGAGGGGAGGGUGGAGGUCCAGGUGCUGGGGACCUGGGGCACCCUCUGCGCCUCCCGCUGGGAUCUCCAGGACACUCACGUUCUCUGUCGUCACCUCAACUGUGGCUUUGCUGAGGCCCUUCCUGGAGGAGGGCACUUUGGGAGAGGAGCUGGCCCUGUCUGGAGAGACUCGUUCCACUGUGACGGGACUGAAGCCCAGCUGGGCCAGUGCCCAGUGACUGCCCUGGGGGCCUCGCCGUGCUCCCACGAGGACGAUGCCGCCGUCAUUUGCUCGGGCCCAGCUGAGCCCCUGUCCCUGCGGCUGGUGGGCGGAGGGAGCCGCUGCGACGGGCGAGUGGAGAUCUUCCAGCGCGGGACGUGGGGCAGAGUCCUGGAGGAGCAGUGGGACAUGCAGGAGGCCCGCGUGGUGUGCCGGCAGCUGGGGUGUGGGGAGGCAGAAGAAGCCUACAGCCCCCCGAAGGCUGAGAGAGGGACGGGUCCCGUGGGGCUGCGAGGGGUCCGGUGCACGGGGCACGAGGCCGCCCUGGCCCUCUGCAACACCUCCCUGCCCGAGAGCGCCCUGGGGGCAGGGAUUGCAGAGGACGUGGGGGUGGUUUGUUGGGGGAGCCGGCAGGUGCGGCUGGUGAACGGCUCUGGGCGCUGCGCCGGGAGAGUGGAGAUCUACUCCCAGGGCAGCUGGGGAACUGUCUGCGAUGACGGCUGGGACCUGCCUGACGCGGCCGUCGUUUGCCACCAGCUGGGCUGCGGGGAGGCCCUGGAGGCCCGUGGCUCUGCCUGGUUUGGGGCAGGCUCUGGGCAGGUCUGGCUGGACGGCGUGAACUGCUCCGGGGCUGAAGCUGCUCUCUGGGCCUGCCCGGCGGGGCCCUGGGGGGAGCACGACUGCGGGCACAAGGAGGACGCAGGAGUCGUCUGCUCAGAGUUCCUGUCCCUCAGGCUGGAGAACAGCACCAACUGCUCCGGGCGCCUGCAGGUUUUCUACAACGGGACGUGGGGGAACGUUUGCUCCAACUCCAUGACUGCCAGGACGGUGUCCCUGGCGUGCAAGGAGCUGGGCUGCGGGGACGGAGGGACCCUGGAGACAGGCCAGCCCUAUGGCAGACUGUCUGGGCCCAGCUGGCUGGAUCACGUGGAGUGUGGGGACACACACAGCUCCUUCUGGCAGUGUCCCUCUGACCCCUGGAACCCGCAGUCGUGUGAUGACCUGCGAGAUGAGACCCACAUCACCUGUGAAGCGUUUCCUUCUGCAGGGACAAAGGCAGAAAGAGCCCCAGGCCCGGGGGCCGCCUGCCCAGGCUCCACCAGCUGCACAGGUAGCUGCUCCCCUGCCUGCCCCUCUCCUGGCAGGGCUCUGCCUGCUGCCCUCACGCCCCGGGGGUCUCUGGCCUCUGCAGACAGGGAGAAGAUCCGUGCGGUGGGAGGCGAGAGCGGGUGCUCGGGCAGAGUGGAGAUCUGGCACCGCGGCUCCUGGGGGACGGUGUGCGACGACUCCUGGGAGCUGCAGGACGCGGAGGUGGCCUGCAGGCAGCUGGGCUGUGGCCCCGCCGUGUCUGCCCUGGGCCAGGCUGCCUUUGGGGAGGGGACGGGCCCCAUCUGGCUGGAGCAGGUGGAGUGCCGGGGCACAGAGCCAUCCCUGCGGGACUGCUGGGCCCGGGCUGGGGACAGCGGGGCCUGCCGGCACAAGGAGGACGCUGCCGUGCGCUGCCGGGCUGCACCCAGCACGGCAGCACCGGCCCCCCGAGCAGAUCUCACUCUGGUGAGUCCGAGCAGCAGUGGGAGGAUCUCGUUGCCCAUCAUCUUCUGCAUCAUCCUGGGAGCCCUUCUCUGCCUGCUCCUGGCCCUCCUGGCCGGGCAAGCGCGACGCGCCAGGGCUGGGCGCAGAGGCUCGGAGGGAGCUCAGGAGCCCUUCCCUGAGGCCCUGUACGAGGAGAUCGCUCUCAGCCCGCCCUGGGAGAAGCAGGCCAGGUCCAGCAGCUCUGGUAGACCAGCCUGUCCUGCCUGGAGAUGAGCCAGGGGAUGGCUAUGAUGAUGCCACGGAGGCUGCUGCCCCUGGGGGGGAUCCUGCCCCUGGGCAGGAGGGCUGG